AUGGCUAGAGUAACACCAAUAUUUAAGAAAGGAAAAAGGAAUGAUCCGAAUAACUAUCGACCAAUAUCAGUUAUUUCAGCUGUAGCCAAAAUCUUCGAAAAAUUAAUCUUUGAGCAACUUUAUAAUUACUUCAGUUCUAACAGCUUGUUAACGCAUUGCCAGUCCGGUUUCAGGUCGUUACAUAGUACACUUACUGCUCUUCUUGAAGCCACUAGUAACUGGUCAGUUAAUAUUGACAAUGGCCUCUUCAAUGGAGUAAUAUUUAUCGACCUUAAAAAAGCAUUCGAUACUAUUGAUGAAUUGAUCAUCAGAUAUUGCUGCGGAAGCUUCGAAUUUACG